AUGUAAUAAUCAAAAAUAAUUGAGAGCUCUUAUAUAGAUAAUUACAAAAUGUUAAAAUUUAGAAAAUAUGUGCUUUACUUAUAUUUGAUAAUAAAGAGACUUUCUAAAAUUAUUGUAAGAUCCAGACUAUUUUAAUACAUAUUGACUUUAGUUACCUUAGGAAACAUAACUAUUUAUGUGUUUGAACAUCUUUAAUAGUAAGAGAAUAAAUAUAAAGAUAUUUAUUUUAUUUUUUUAUGGUUUUAUGUCGUAGAUAUAGUGUUAUAACUGUGUGCUUUCGGAUUGUUUCGUACGAAAUUAAUCUUUCUAUCAAGAGUGAUCGAUGCUUCAUUAAUUAUUCUAUUUUAUUAUCAUUUAAGCUAUUCUGACAAUAUUUUGGACAUAACACCAUUGAGAAUGACAAGAUUGUUGAAGCAUCUCGGAGGUAUUUUUGCUGGGUUAUAAAGAAUGAUUGAAGCAUUAAUAGAAUCCUUAAAAUUUAUUUUGGAAUCAACAGCAAUUGUAAUUUUAUUUGCUUUAUUUUUUGCCUCUCUAGGAACUUCAUUAUUUAUGGGUUUGCUUAAUUAAAGAUGCUUGCCAUCAGAUGAGUCAGAAUGGGUGUAAUGUUAGCAAGGUUUAUGUCCAGAUGGAAUGACUUGUUAGAUGACAGACAAAUCAUAUAAUAUUCCAACAAACUUCAACAAUAUCAUCUAUUCUUUUGGCCUUAUUUUAAAAACAGUUACAAUGGAUGAUUGGAGCUGGGUCAUGUAUUAUACAAUUAGGGCAUUUCAUCCAAUUGUCUGGAUAUAUUAUGUGUUGAUAAUAUUUGUGGGGGGGUUUUUCGGAUUCAAUCUUCCGAUAGCAGUAUUUAAGACUCAUUUCAGCGAAAUGCAAUUUAGAGAGGUGAAACAUUAAGAUGAAAGAGAAAAUGUACUCAGCAAAUCUAAUUUGACUAGAAUUGGAUUUUAUCACUACAUAAUUUAGUUGAAUUAAUUUUUGCUUUCAGACUCUCCUGAUAUCAUAAUAAAUGAGCCUUAGACAAACAAAAUACAAUAAUUUUUUGAUUUAUAACCAAGAAUUUUAUUGGGAAGUGUCUUAAAUGAAAAUCGAAUGAAUGAAAGCAAUUUUUCUCACCUAAAAAAUUAAAUAAAAAACUUUUCACUCAAAUUCUACCUCCUGCCAAAAUUAUCUAUUCUUUAAAAAUUCUACCUUAAUUUGGACAUCAAGAAAUUUACUUUAGAUUCAAAAAUUUAAGAAACUAUUAAAUAAUUUAGCAAAUCGUCGUUUUUACUUGAAAAAUAUGUAGAUUAUAAAUAUCAAUAUAUAUAAACAAGUCAAUUAGAUAUACUAAGAAAUUCACUUUUUCAGGUCCUUAAAACCACAGAUAAUAAAAAUUCUAAAGCCUAUAAAAAAAAAGUGUUUUACUAUUAACCAAUUUAACGGAAGAAAUAAGGAAUUUAAAGAGAAGGAAAAUCAUUUAAAUCUGAAUCAAUAGGAGCAAUACAAGCAAAUAAUCCGAGAUCUUUUGCUUAAUUACCUAUAAAAGUUUCAAAAAGAAUAAAAAAAAAUAGUUUAAAUCCUUCAGAAAUACAUGGUGUAAAAUCUAGUUCAAUGUCUUAUUCUCCAAAUGUGGGAGAAAUUCAUAAUAAAGAAAUUGAAAAGUAGAGAAGGAAGUUCCCUUACUUUAUUAGUGAAUAAUAAAAGUUCGUUCCUAAAGAAACUUUGUAUAAGCCUUUUACGAUAUAUCAUUGUGGCGAAUUGAAAGUACUUUUACAUGGGAAUUAUUUGGAUUAUGAAGAUGUUUAAAAGAGGAUAAAAGCCAAAAUUAAAUUUAAGCAGGAAGAGGAACUAAGAUUUUAAGAUGAAUACACCAAAAUCAAGAGAAAAGAGUUUCAAAAGAGAUUCAUUAAAUCAAGAAAUUGGUCUGGGAACAAUAUAUUGGCCAAUAAUUGGGUUUUAAUAAAAAAGUUCAAUGAUAUUUUUUAAUAGCUAAACCUAAGGGAUAUUGAAAUUUGGCAAAAAUCUUUCAGUGGUAUUUUGAUGGCUUUGAGAAAAUAUGCAUUUUUGAUAAUGCACUUUAAGUUAACAAAAUUUAUUUUUGAUUUAACAAUUCUUAUUAAUACACUAUUUUUAGCUUUACAAGGUAUAAUAUAAAGAAGCAUAAUUGAUUAAGUAGAAGAUAUUGCCACAAUAUUAUUAUCGACUGAAAUCAUUCUAUAAUUGAUUGUCUAUAAACCAAGAAGAAUUGCAAAAAACAAACAUCUUGUAAUUGAAUUACUCAUAGUCAUCUUGAGUUUGAUAGAAUUCGGGUUUAGUAGCUAUUUGAAUGUAAGUGAACAAUAUUUAAGACUAAUGAGAUCUACAAAAUGCCUUCUAUUUUAUAGAUGCAUAGCCUACAUCUACAUGGCUCGAAUAAUUGGAGCCAUAGCAUAAAUUACAUACAAGUCUUAUGUCUAUUUGGCCUUUCUUAUGUUCUUUAUGAUCUUUACUUUUGGGUUGAUUGGAAUGGAGUUGUAUGCUAAUAAAUUCGAUAGUUAUCACAAGGAAGGUUAUAUGCAUUCAUUUGAUGAUCCAGCGAAAGCAUUUAUGACAGUAUUUAAUAUAAUGACAAAUGAUGAUUGGUUUGGAGUUUAUAGAAUUGGUACAGAAGUGUAGACAGAACUCUCAAUAACUUAUUCUAUUGGGUUGGUGUUUACACUCAACUAUUUUAUUUAUGGAAUCAUGAUGGCUAUAUUAUUGGAUGGAUUUAGCCAAUAUUUAGAAAGGGAAUCCACAAACGACUAAAAUGAAUUCCUGAAAGAUAAGAUUAAAUAAAUAAAUAAACUCAACAAGCAAUUAAAUUCUUAGGCUUCAGAACAUGAUUCUGAUUCAGAAUCCGAAUCAAACUCUAGUUCAUCCUCAAUACAAUAAUACUAGGAUUAAGCUAACAAUGUCUAAAGUGUUACUAAUAGAUAUCAUGUAAGAAAGGAGAGUAUGUCCCCUGACAAUAUCUUAGCAUCUUCUAAUAAUUUAAGAGAGUAAUUAAAGAGGGAUAGUAAUUUCACAGAAAAAAUAUUUCAUUCUCUACAAUUCCCAGUGGCCAGAACUAGAAAAAUGGAUUAAUAGGAGGAGGAGAAAAAGAAAAUAAAAGAAGAUUUUAGAAGAUUAAAGGGCAAAGUCAACAUGCUAAGGGUGAAGUCUUCUGAACCGAAAACUAUUAAAUAUUUGUAAGAUAAUUUAGAACAGGUCUACAAGAAAACAUUCAAACAGAAUCAUAAAUUGUAUGCUGGGGUUGAUUGCUUGCAAUCCUACUAUUGCUUUAGUAGAUCGAAUUCUUUAAGAAAACUCUUCUUUAGAAUCAGUGUUAGUGCUUAUACCAAAUAUUUUAUUGAUUUGAUAUUGCUUCUCUCCAUUACUUAUUUGGCUCUACCACAGGAUAUUUAGGAAACACCCUUGUGGGUUACCAUAUUAUUUAUUUUGAAUUCAACAAUUUUUAUUGAAUUUAUAAUUAAAUCUAUCGCUUUUGGGGCAUGUCUUGAUAAGGGAUCAUAUCUAAAUUAUACAUGGAAGGUGAUUGAUUUAGUAUAUAUAAUUGUGUAUUAUUUGGAAUUCUUUAAAAUUGCCAAUCUACCUAUUUUUAUUGUGAUAGAGACCUUUAUAUAUUUUAGACCUUUGAAGUUGCUUUAUCGAAUAAAAUGGGUAGUUCGAGUGAGAGCAGCUUUAACAUAAUCCUUAUUUGAUAUUAUCAAUGUUUUUGUAGUCUUGCUUUUAGUGUGGCUAAUGUUUGCUGUUUUUUCAAUGAUGCUGUUUGCAGGUAAAAUGGGGUUUUGUGAGGAAUAAAUAAAUUAUGAUGUGGGGUAGUAGGAGUGUAUGAAACAAGGCAAAGAAUGGAGAGUAUAUAAGCACAAUUUUGAUAAUAUUACUACUGCAAUGCCUGUAUUAUUCAUUAUUUCAACCUUUGAUGGAUGGGGUUCAGUCUUAUGGGUGUCACAGAACAGCAGAGAAGCUUCGAAUGGCCCGCAUCCUUAUUUCAGUUAAAUUCCAUCAUAUUUAUUUUAUGUGGCCUUUUGCACUGUAGGAUCAAUGUUUUUCCUGUAGUUGUUCACUGGUGUGUUAUUCAUCAAUUUAAAGGCCAACUCGAAAUUAAUGGAGAACCAGUAAUUAACAUAGGCACAAUUAGAGUAUAUUAAGAUUUCAGAAAUCAUUCUACAUGAUCAUCCCAUAAGAGCCUCCUUACCUAGAUCUUAAUUAAGGAGGAUCUUGAGUAAUUUCAUUAUGAAUAAAUACAUGGAUUUGUGCAUGUUUUCUAUUUUGCUAGUAAAUUGCGUUGUUAUAAUGAUGAUUUAUCAUUCAGCUGAUGAUCUUUAUAAUGGAAGGAUCAAUAAGAUUCAUCAUGUUUGUACUUUAAUUUUUGCGACUUGGUUGCUACUCCAAUUUUUGAUCUUAGGAAUCAAUAGAUUUAAGGAUAAUUUAUGGAGAACCUAUACAUCCUUGGUUAUUAUUUUAGGAGUUGUUGAUUUGAUUCUGGAUUAUAAAUAUGAUUGGUUCCGGUUGUAUUGCUACUCAACCUAAUUAACUUAGCAUUAUUAAUUGCUGAGAGUGUUGUACACUCUGAGAAAUUUAAGAAUCAUACUCAUCUUCCAAGGAUUGUAGAAGCUCUAAAGAUUAGUAAGAGUAAUGUCAUUUGCAUUUCCAUUCUUACUUAAGAUUCUUUUCAUCCUCCUAAUUAUAAUGGUUGUGUUUGCCUUUUAUGGAGUGAUGUUAUACGGAACUAUAGACAAGGGGGAAGUCAUUAAUGAUCUAAUCAAUUUUUCAAACUUUUGGUUGGCAAUGUUGACACUUUUUAAAUGCGUUAGUGGUGAUGAUUUUCGAUCCAUUAUGAAUGACUGUAUGCAUCACAAUCCUUAUUGUUCAGAAGACCCUAAAUAUUGUGGUUCACCCUAUGCUUAAAUCUAUUUUAUUUCUUUUAUGCUCAUAUCUAAUUAUAUCCUAUUGAAUUUGUUUGUUUUGGCAAUGAUAGAAUAAUUUGAAUUCUUCUUUAACAAUUAAGAUUCCAUUCUUUAAACAUACGUAGAAAAUAUCGACUCAUUUAGAAAAGCAUGGUUCAAAUUCUCAAGUUAGAAUGGACAAGUAUUAAGCAUUAGAUGCUUGCCUCAUCUAUUGAUUGAAAUCAAAGAACCACUCGGCUGUAAACCCUAUGAUAAUGUGUGGGAUGCUGCCAAAUUGAGUUUGCAAUUUAAUCUAUUUUGUGACAUUGGAGAUAACAUCUCCUAUAAUUAAUUGCUAUACGAGAUUUUUCAUCGUCGAUAUUAGAAGCAGAUCUUCGACCAAUGUUCAGAAAUGGCAGCUCAAAAGAUGUCUUAGUUCCAUAAGACUAUGAUUUUUAGAUUAGCCUACUAUCGAAGAAGAGGAUUUAGAUAGAGAAGGAAAAACAUUGGACCUCAACUUAAAUUAGAUGGAAAUGGCAAUAUAAUGCAUAUGUUAUUGAUGUCGUUAGUUGCAUUCAAAGUCUGGAGAUCAUAUACCAAUCACAUAAUUGCUAACAUUAUUACGGACUAAUAAUAUUUCUCGGAAAGAACUGUAAGGGAUACUGAACCUAUCAGACAUUCUAUUACACUGAAAAGCAUUGAGAGUUAAGAAUCUAGGAUAAAAUUAAAUGAUAAUCCUGUUUAUCAAAAAAGAAGGAUGGGUAGAAUGAAGAGAGUUUCAUUGCAAGGAUAAAUUAAUGACUAUUUACCAGGGGAUUGCAUAAACCCAAAACCUGUGUUAAAAAGAAAAAGUAGUUUUGGGAUAGAGGAAGGAAAUGUUUAAACAGUUUAUCAUUCGCGUUAAAUAUAGAGGAUAUAAAAAAUAUAUAAAUUGAAUUGA